CAAGAGAACAGUUCCGAGAUCCCAACGGGAAGCAUGCCCCGAACAAUGGAUGUCAUCCUGCGAGGAGAGAUGGUGGAUCGCGCCAAGGCCGGAGAAAAGUGUAUCUUCACAGGAACUGUCAUUGUCAUCCCUGAUGUGAGCCAGUUCCGAGUCCCAGGCGUACGGCCUCAGGCGAUGAGGGAUAGUUCGAACACAUCUCGAGGGAACGACGUGGGUGGCUCUGGGGUGAGCGGCCUUAAGGCUCUCGGCGUCCGCGAUCUCACAUAUCGAAUGUCGUUUCUUGCAUGUAUGGUGACGCCGGACACUUCUACUCCCGGCCAAUCAGCCAACCACCACAUGACUGGACAAGCUGCCAACAUUCUUGCCUCUUUGAACCAGGCCCAAGCGAUGGAAACAACAGCCACUGGUGAAGAAGCUCAAGCUGAAUAUCUUGGUACCCUAACGCCCGCGGAAAUCCAAGACCUCAAAGAUAUGGUGCACAAGCCGAACAUCUUUAUGCGACUGGUCGACUCCAUUGCACCGAUGGUGUACGGCCACCAGGUUAUCAAGAAAGGCCUCCUGCUUCAGCUUAUGGGCGGUGUCUCAAAAGAGACUCCCGAAGGCAUGGCUUUACGUGGAGACAUCAACAUUUGUAUCGUUGGCGAUCCCUCGACAUCGAAGUCGCAAUUCCUCAAAUACAUCUGCAGCUUCUUGCCUCGCGCUGUGUAUACAUCCGGAAAGGCAUCCUCAGCGGCUGGUCUUACCGCUGCUGUAGUGAAGGACGAAGAGACUGGAGAAUUUACCAUUGAAGCUGGUGCAUUGAUGUUAGCUGACAACGGAAUUUGCGCCAUUGACGAAUUUGAUAAGAUGGACAUUUCGGACCAAGUUGCCAUCCACGAAGCCAUGGAACAACAGACUAUCUCAAUUGCAAAGGCAGGGAUACAAGCAACGCUCAACGCGCGUACUUCGAUCUUAGCGGCCGCAAAUCCCGUUGGAGGACGAUACAAUCGAAAAACUACGCUCCGCGCCAACGUCAACAUGUCUGCUCCCAUUAUGUCUCGCUUUGAUCUCUUUUUCGUCGUUUUGGAUGAGUGUGACGAAGAUGUGGAUCGCCAUCUAGCAGAGCAUAUCGUGAGCAUUCACAAAGAUAGAGAUGAUGCGGUCGAGCCUGAAUUUAGCACUGAGCAGUUACAACGUUACAUUCGUUUUGCGAGGACUUUCAAACCCGAAUUUACCGACGAAGCGAAGGUUAGUUUAGUGGAAAAGUAUAAAGAGCUCAGGGCAGACGACGCACAGGGCGGUAUUGGCAGAAACAGCUAUCGCAUAACGGUCCGUCAACUCGAGAGUAUGAUUCGUCUUUCAGAAGCCAUUGCGAAGGCGAACUGUGUCUCUGAGAUCACGCCGGAAUUUGUCAAAGAAGCAUACAACCUCCUCCGACAAUCUAUCAUUAGUGUUGAGAAGGAUGAUGUUGAAGUUGAGGACGAGGAUGAUGAGGCUCUGGUUGCGGUAGCGGAGGCCGCAGAAUCAGCACACCAAGACGGAGAUGCUCCUAUGGGUGAUGAAGAGGAGGAGGAUGAUGGUGGGGAGGCUGCGCGGGCAAGGACAGCGAGCCGCACACCAGCUGCACCCGCAAGAGAAAAGACCAAGAUCACGCAUGAUAAGUACGUGGCCAUGCGUAAUAUGUUCGUCAAGCGAGUCAACGAGGACCAAACCGCCACUGAGGAUGGGGUGGAAGAGGAGGAGUUGUUAGUGUGGUACUUGGAGCAGAAAGAAGGCGAGUUGGACACGCAAGAAGAUUUGAACAAAGAGCGGGUUCUGGCAAAGAAAGUGCUCAAGAAAAUAGUCAAGGAGCAAUACCUUAUGCAAAUCCGUGGGGAAGGACUCGCCGAUGAGCAAGGGCAAGGCCUUGCGUCAGACUCCAAUAUUGUCUAUGUCCUUCACCCCAACUGUCCUGUAGAGGAUAUUGUAUGAGGAGCAUUACGAGAUUAUUAGAAAUACAUGAUUAAUCCAACGCACAUGGUAGGAUUGAGGACGGGCGUUUG